CUUAUUAGAAGUCAUGUACGAGCUCUUCAGGUUCCCUGUUCCUAUAGUGACAGGAGAUUUUGAGGAAGCCCUGCACAGCGUGGACCCCAGCAAGUUUCAGGACGGCUGGAGACUAUCUGAUGGGUUUGUAGCUGCAGAAGCCAAAGUCGUAUUGCCUCACAGAGCGCGAUCCAGACCAGACCUCAUGGACAACUACCUGGCACUACUGCUGUCUGCCUUUAUCAACAGUGGACUACUGGAGGGUCUGGUGGAGGUUGUGACCAGCAGUGAUGGACAGAUAUCAGUGAGAGCCACCAUACUGCUCGGAGAACUUCUGCACAUGGUAUUACAUUACUUCAGAUCU